UAAGGAUUCUGCCCCAAUACUCAGAGUCCAUGUAAGGCGUUUCUUUCCUUUACUUAAUAACUGACGUCAUGAUGAUAAGGAGAUUUUUUAGCCCGUUCCAGGCACAGCAGCCGCACUCUGGGGUGAGCACUGAAUCUACCAACAUCUGUCUGUCUUGUGGAAAGACUUGCCUAACCAAGAAACAUGGCCAACCAGGGACCCUCUUAUGGAUUGAGUAGGCAUAUUCAAAGCAAGAUUGAGAAGAAGUAUGAACCUGAACUGGAGGAGCGACUAGUGGAAUGGAUUAUUGCCCAGUGUGGGUCAGAAGUCGGUCGACCAGAGGCGGGGAGAAUGGGUUUCCAGUCGUGGCUUAAGGAUGGCACAGUACUGAGCCAACUGAUUAACAGCCUCUACUCGGAGGACAGUAAACCAAUCAAGAAGAUUCAGAGCACGGAUAAGGCCUUCAAACAAAUGGAACAAGUUUCUCAAUUUCUGAAAGCUGCUGAGAGAUAUGGUGUCAACAAGACGGACAUCUUCCAGACUGUGGAUCUUUGGGAAUCUAAGGAUUUGGCUGCUGUCCAAAGAACCCUCAUGGCCUUGGGAAGUAUUGCAAUAACAAAGAACGAUGGAUAUUAUCGUGGUGAUCCAAACUGGUUUCACAAGAAAGCACAAGAGAACAAACGCGAGUUUACAGAAGAGCAACUGCGCCAGGGACAGAACAUCAUCGUACAGAUGGGGAGCAACCAAGGAGCGUCACAGGCUGGAAUGCCUGGCUAUGGGCUUGCCAGGCAGAUUAUCAGCUAAAAAAACUAAUAAUUGAACUCUCUCUCUGUAAAGCAUGAUUUUACCAUUUCAAAGUCAAUAGAAGUUCAAAACAGCCCAAAACACUAAAACCUUCAAUGAAGUAAACAGUGUGAUUUAGACAGGUAGUAUUUAUUAUUUGGCAGUUUAAAAAGGUGUUUUUGUCCUUUUUAAAGUCUUGCAACACUUAUUUUCCCCCUCUGAUAUGGGCUUGUAAUUGGACAUGUAUGUAACAAUUCCCCUCGUACCUGGAUCUUUCCAUCACGCAUUUAUUCAUUUUGUUAAAAAUUACCAAUGGCUGCAAGGACUGCAUGUCACUUUGCUAACUUGUCGUUUCAACCAUGAUGUGGAAUUGUACAGGUGUAUUACAGCAUGCUGGCAAAGCUUGUUGGUUGUAUGGCUUAACCAGUCUGCUUCAUGUUGCUUCAUUUUAAAUUUUCUCACCACUGUCAGUCUGUCUAGUUGGUAAAGAAAAUGUCCUUUUUAUAUAAAAUAUUGUAUGAAGGUAGUUUGAAAUGACUAAAAUUGUCCUUUUUGUUUUUUUUUGGAAACUCACCUUUUGGAAUAAUUAGCAUGUUAAUUUUGAUCACUGAAUGCUCGGUUAAGCGGCCAAAGUAAUUCAAAGGGAACACUUGGUUAUCAUCAUUCCAGUGACUUUUUAACAAUGAGGAAAAUGUCUUGCUGCUCACAUCGUCAUGCAUUGGGCAAGUUGACUUCAAGUAUUGCCACUUGUCACAUACACAUCACUGAUGCUAUGAGGGACUAUGUUUACUUUCUGGUAAACUUGGUUUCCAAUGCUGCAUCCUAUAUUGGAAGUACACGUUAAAAGUAACUUGCACAAGUUUGACCAAAACUGACCACUUGUUUUAGCAUUCAGAACUGCAGUAUUACAACUACCCCCUGUCCUGAAGUCAAUAAAUAGCUAAAGUUAUGGGGUUAAUAGUAGCAGGUUAUCUUGUGGGAAGAAUCUUCUGUGAUCAAAUUUCUAAAAACACAUUGUACAAGUGCCCCUGCUGAAAAUUAACUUUAGUUUCAAUGUUGUACAUUGAUUUUUUUUUGCUUUUUUUUAAUUCAUUGGCCCUAUAUUUUGUACAUUAUUUUCUCUUGUCAAUUGAAACAGUACCAACUUGAAUAAAAAUUUAAGAUGGAAA